UCUUCAUUUAUAUUGUUGUUUGAAGUAUGUUCAUGUUAGGUCUUAAAGAUUUACUCACUCUUACGUGGGUCUGUAUGAGGUUAAAUAUUUAAAGGGAGAGAGCGAGUUUUGGCACCCUGAAGCGAAAAAGAUCUGUUGUCAUGUUUUCAGUACAGCAGUGACGGGCUGAGAUCUGAUCACAUUGGUGGUUAUGAGGAGAUUUUUUAAAGAUAAUCGAGAUGAAGAUUGUGGUCAGAUUCAAUAUCUCACUGCCAAAUGCAUCCGCCUCUCCCAGGAGAAAGUGUUGCAGCGAGAACUGCUUGUGUCCAGUGAAAGGCAGCAGGUUCUACAGGCAGAGAUGGAGAGUCUGUCAUUGCGCUUAUAUCAUAAGGAGCAACUCUAUGUUGAGUUGAGUGUCAAAUAUGAACAACUGUUGGGAAAAUUUCAACAUCAGCAGCAGACUGAUGUCCUCCAUCGGCGUUCAGUCUCUGUGACAGAGGACAGGUGGAGAGAUUCAUCUCUGCUCUGUCUACAACUGGAACAAAUGAGAUGUGAUUUACAGCAGCUGCAGGGCUCAGAGACACAGCUGAAGGGCCUGGUGGACGAGCUGCACCAGGAGGCCCAGCUCAGAGCUCAGGAGACAGAGGUCCUGAUGAUGCAGCUCCAUGACGAGGCACAGUCAAAAACACAUCUUACAAAAGAUUUAGAAAUGCAACUAAACAGUAAAUCGCUUGAGCUGGAGGAGCUACAGACGUCCCAUGAUGCCUUGCAGCAGGAGCUCUGUGAUAAUCAGAAGAUGAUGGAGGAACUGCGUCGAGAAAACGCAGAGAGUCUUCACAAACUCCAAGAGAUGGCCGAACAGUUUGAGCAAAUGUGCAACCAGCAGCGUAGAUGGAUGUUCUGUGUGAAGAGGUAUAAGGACUGUCUGUCAGGUGAGAAGGAGUCCCUGGAGCAGCAGGUAAACAGGUUACAGGUGGAGUUGGAGGCUGUCAGGAAAACCGAUCACAUGGAUUAUCCCAGAGAUUCCUGCAGCAGGUGGGAUAUUGAGAUAUCAUAUCUCCAGACUGAAGUAAUCAGAUGGAAAGCACUGUAUGAUGACCUGCUUAACAAACUUACCAGAGAGCAGGUUCAGCAGGCAGCCGAUGGAAACCUUGAGCCCCCGUGAGGAUCCAAACCCUGUCAACGGCUUUCAAGAUUUAAGAUUUCAAGAUUUUAUUUGUCCGUACACAGUUAUACAAAUAUAUAACUUGCAGUAAAAUGAAAUCUGGUCAACUCUAAAGACUGUGCAAAACAUCUUAAAAGACACAAUAUUAAUUAAAAUAUGCAAAAACUACUAGCACAGUGUUAUAAAAUUUUAUCCUAAAUGUUUUCAACAAUGUUUGAAAUUAAAGAAUUUGCAGUUUUAAAAAUGUUUCGCCCCUGUUCAUCCUUGGGUUAUCCUUGGUUUCUGAUUUUGUUGCUUGGUGUGUUUGACUUCAUGUGGGACUGCGCUGAGCGAUUGGCAUGACAUCAAAGUAUCCUAAAAGCAACAAACUGAUGUCAUACGCCAAUCAAUGUAAAUCUGUGAACCCACCCCUUAUGAUGGGUACACAGCAAAAGAUAAUCGGGCUGAUUUUGGGCCGAUUUCCCUCCUUCCAACA